AUGACCCCUGAAAAGGUGAUGGUCAUGGUUUGGUGGUCUAGUGCGUGUGUGUUUCACCACAGCUUUUUACAAAACUGCAUGAGCAUUACUACAGAUGUGUACUGUGCAGAACUGCAGAAAAUGAUGGAGAAGCUUGCACAUCUGCAACCAGCUUUGGUCAAUCCGUUGUUCCCACUGCUUCUUCUCGACAACGCGCGACCCCAUACUGCGCUACAGACAGUCACCAAGCUGCGAGAGCUGGGGUUGGAAGCUCUCCCUCAUCCGCCAUACUCACCAGACCUUGCACCUACCGACUAUUACUUUUUCCAAAAUUUAGACAACUUUUUAAGGGGUAAAAAAUUCACCCCGUUUUCGUUUGAAGAGUUUGUUUUCUCCCGUCCUGCUGAUAUUUAA